AUGGAAGAAGAAACCUAAGGAUUAGUUGAAUAGAAAAUUAAAUUAAAUAAUGCGAAGGGAUACAAGAAGAUAGUAUCUCCCAUAUUAAACACCAUAAUGCUCAUGAUAGUAUUCUGUUUAAUCGCCUUCAUGUUAUCAAUGAUGAUCCAAUAAUAAAAGCUAACAUAGCAUAAUCAAGCAUCUAUGCUUCAGAAAUAACAACUACGAAAACCCUCCAUUGACACGAAUACGUAUGAGUACAUGACCUUGGAAAAUGGGCUUUCAGUAUUGCUGAUUUAGAAUAAUGAUGCUAUCAUCUCUUAAGUGGCGUUAAGUGUAUAAGCAGGAUCAUUCCAAGAACCAUCUAAUUAUGGUGGGUUGGCUCAUUUAUUAGAACAUAUGCUAUUUGUAGGAUCUCAUACAUAUCCAGACCCUAAUUAUUUCAAUUCCUUGAUUUACAAUAAUGGAGGCACUAAUAAUGCUUACACUGAGAAUUAUGAAACCAAUUAUUACUUCACUAUCUAAAACAGUGCUUUGCAACAAGGCUUGGAUGUGUUCAGUCACUUUUUCAUUGAUCCCAUAUUAGAUCAGAAGAUGGUAGAGAAGGAGGUGAAUGCAGUGAACAAUGAAUAUGAAAUCAUCACUAGCACUGAUGAUUGGAAAAUUGAAGCCUUAUUAAAGAUCAUUUCAGAAAAAUCACAUCCAUUUAGUUGGUUCUCCAUUGGAAACUUAAAUACUUUAUUAAAAGAUGAAAUAUCAGAAUUGCUGAAACAAUUUUUUAAUGAAGCUUAUUCCUCUAAUUUGAUGUCAUUGGUUGUUGAAAGCAGUCUGUCAAUUUCUGAACUUAAAACCUAUAUUAAGAAUUUUGAAAAGAUCAAAAACAACAAUUUGAUUGAACCUACUUGUGAGGAUUUAGGCUAUCCAAUUUAGUACGGUCCUCAAUUUAUCAAAUAUAAAUCAAAUUCAGAUGUCAAGAAGGUCUACAUGACACAUUAGUUAUCUGAUGUUCAACAAUAAUACAAAACAAAAUCAAUAGAAUUUAUUAAUAAUUUAAUUUCGUAAAGCAAAGGAGUCAAAGAAUAUCUAAUACAAAACAAUCUAAUUAUAGAUAUGUCAAGUAGUGUUUUGUUUAAUGACCAUAAUGGUUGUUUUAGUGUGUUAGCUCUUGAAUUUUAGGUUUACGAUCUCAAUGAUUACGAUAAAAUCCUCUAAAAAGUCUUUUCUUAUUAUUUCUACCUUAUAUAGACUUUGUUUGAUGAUAAAGGAGAUAUUCUAGUUGACAAUGCGAAAAUAAGAUCAUUAUAUAAUGAUUAUAUGUAAAUAGCUACAUUGAAAUUUGACUAUAAUGAAAAUAUCAUUGAUGAUAUUCAAGAGAUAGCACAUAACUUGAAUUUUUAUGGAUUUCAUGAUGUCUUAUCGAGGAAAUAUUUGUAUGAAGAUUAUGACCCUGAAUUGAUAUACUUUUAUCUUACUGAACUACUUGAUAUUGAUAAUUUGAAUGUUUUUUUAGGGGAUUCUCAAUUAAAUCAUCCUGAUGUCCAAUAUGACAAAGUCAACAGAAUUAAUUAUGCUUUUGUGGACAUUCCAAAUUCUGUCAUCUAGAAAAUAUAAUCUUAUGAUGAAAUUGAACAACCUAAAUUUGAAUUGCCUUCAAUUCACAAAUAUUAACCAAAUGAUUUGAACAUGAAAUCAUUCUGCAAACCAUACUAAAGUAGUAAGGAAGAUCCUUAUGAGGAUUUACAAAAUGAGAAGAUGCUUAUUUAGAGAAAUUCUGAGAUGGUCUUUUCAAAUGUUGAAGAAUGUUUAAAAUAUGAACAUUAAUAUGAAGAAUUGUAUCCACUUCCUGAAUACUUAUUUAAGUCAUCAAUUGGAAAAUUGUGGUGGAAAUUAGACAGAUCUUAUAAGACACCAGCCAUUUUUAUGGGAAUGAAAAUAGAUAAAAUCAACUUUUAGUUCACUUUAAGACAACAAGUAUUAUUAAAGGUAUUCUAAUCUUAUACUUCCACAAUGAUUUCACAACAUUUAGAUGCAGCAUUUUAAAACAAUUAUAACUUCAAAUUUACAUCAUCUCCUAAUCACAUCAUCUUUAAUAUUUAUGGAUGGAAUGAUAAGUUCUUUGAAUUUAUAGAAGAUUCAUUAGCAUUUUUCAUCAAGCAACAAAUUGAUCAAUCGGUUUAUGAUUAAACACUUAAGACUUUAAUGAAUAACUUAAACGAAGAGUUGCAAACCCCUUUAUAUUAAUAAAUUAGAAAUCGCUUUUUCUUUAAUACUCUUAUCUAAGGGUAUUAUGAACCUUAGUAACUCCUGUAAGAAUUAAAGAGUAUUAAUAUCAAAGAUUACGAAUAAUUCCAUUCCCAUUUGUUCAAAGGAACAAACUUUUAACUCUAUUUAACUGGCAAUGUGCUCAGGGAAGAGGCCCUCUCCCUUUUCAAUUCUAUUGAGAAAAAGCUAUUCGGUAAACAAAAACACUUAGAUUAUAAUCCCAUCUAUUCCAAAAUUUUGAAGCUCUCUAAUAAUUACAUAAUUCCAUAUGCAGCAGAGUCUGAUGACAUCAAUGGCGCUACCUACAAUUAUUACAUUUUUGGAAACAGGAAUAGGAAACAAUUUGCAAUAAUGAAUAUCUUGAAAGGAACCUUUGAUAGUUAUGCAUUUAAUUAUUUGCGAACUGACUUGUAAUUGGGAUAUUUAGUUUCAGCUAAGUUUCAGCCUUUAGAAUGUCUCGAUGGAGCAGCAAUCUUGGUCUAAGGAAGUUCAAAAACCCCCUAUUAAGUUAAUUAGCAUAUUGAAGAUUUUCUUUAACACUUUUAUGAAGAGAUAGAGAAGAUGACUGAUUUUGACAUUGAUGAAUUAAAGAAAGCAGCUAUCCAAUAACUGAGGUAAAAAGAAAAAACAUUAUUCGAAAAAGGACAGACAUAUUGGGACCAUAUUUCCAAUAAUGAUUAUAUAUUUGAAGAAAAAGAGAUAACUAUUGAUUAAAUUGAUCUACUUAAAAAAGAAGAUAUACUUACUUUUCUUAAUUCUGCCUUCAAGAAAUCAUCCAAAAUAAGCAUUCAACUUUAUGGAAAGCAUAUGCUUAAAGGUCAGCCAGUUGAAGAUUUCUUGAAAAGCCAAAGCCCAAUCAACAGUUUUUCAAAUAUUGAAGAGAAACUAUCAGAUAAAGAAAAAAUAAAGGUUGGAGCAAUGUUAUAUUAAUGUUCUUUUAAAUUAGGAUAGAUAUGA